AUGUAAACCAUUAGUUAAAUUUGCCAAUAUUUGAUUAAUACGAGUUUUAUUCAUACGAGAAUGAUAUUUUUUGAUAAAUAUAUUUACUAUUUCUACUUCUUUAUCUCUACUUACUCAGAAAUUACAUUAAUACUGCAACUUUCUAUUUUUCUUCCCAUUCAUAUAGCCAAUAAUUUAAAUUUCGUAUUCAAAACCUAUUAUUCACACCAGUAAAUUUUUGUAUAAUUAUAUCAAUUGAAUAUUGAAACCCUCUGGAUUAAAACUUAUUUACAGCACCCUAUCAAUUAUGAUAUAUUGAUUUUUUUUGUAAACUUCAGUUAAACUUUAAAAAACUAAACUUUUAUUUAACAUUAGAAUAUUUUAUUAUUACUAUCUAAGAACUCGAAUAAUUAACAAUCAAUCCAUUCUUAUUGCUAAUUAGAUAUAAUAGGUAUUAUGAAAAUUAUAAAUCUCUACAUCAAUCUAUAUUUUAAGGUAACCUAAUUCACUAAUAUAAUUGAUUACCAUAUGAAUCUACCCAUUAUAGUGAUUGAUUGUUUAUAUAUCACAGAAUUACAUUGA